AUGGCCGCUGCUGGCCUCCACUCCAAUGUGCGCCUACUGAGCAGCCUGCUACUGACCAUGAGCAACAACAACCCGGAGAUGUUUUCACCUUCACAGAAGUACCAGUUAUUAGUAUACCAUGCAGAUUCCCUCUUCCACGACAAGGAGUAUCGCAAUGCUGUCAGUAAAUAUACCAUGGCUCUCCAGCAGAAAAAAGCCUUAACCAAGACUUCUAAAGUCAGGCCAUCCACGGGAAAUGCCGGUGCGACACCACAAAAUCAGAGUCUUCCAUCCGAAAUAGAAGUCAAAUAUAAAAUGGCUGAGUGUUACACAAUGCUUAAGCAGGAUAAAGAUGCUGUUGCUAUAUUGGAUGGAAUUCCUUCCCGGCAAAGAACUCCAAAGAUUAACAUGAUGUUGGCUAACUUGUAUAAAAAGGCUGGCCAGGAGCGCUCAGCAGUGACCAGCUACAAGGAGGUGUUGAGGCAGUGCCCGCUGGCGCUCGAUGCAAUACUAGGAUUGUUGUCUCUAUCUGUGAAAGGGGCAGAAGUAGCAUCAAUGACCCUGAAUGUUAUUCAGAGUAUUCCUAACUUGGAUUGGCUUUCUGCCUGGAUCAAAGCAUAUGCGUUUGUACACACUGGGGACAACACACGAGCAAUUAAUACAAUCUGUUCUUUAGAAAAGAAAUCUUUACUCAGAGACAAUGUGGAUCUACUGGGAAGUUUGGCAGAUCUCUACUUUCGAGUCGGUGAUAAUAAAAAUGCCAUUCUAAAAUUUGAGCAGGCUCAGAUGCUGGAUCCUUACCUAAUUAAAGGAAUGGAUAUUUAUGGCUAUCUGCUAGCUCGAGAAGGGCGACUGGAGGAUGUAGAGAAUCUUGGCUGCCGAUUAUUCAACAUAUCUGAUCAGCAUGCAGAGCCAUGGGUGGUGUCCGGGUGUCACAGCUUUUACACUAAGAGACACUCAAGGGCUUUGUAUUUGGGUGCCAAAGCAAUACAGCUGAACAGUAACAGUGUUCAAGCUCUGUUACUGAAGGGGGCAGCGCUGAGGAAUAUGGGCAGAGUGCAAGAGGCAAUCAUUCAUUUCCGAGAAGCAAUUAGACUGGCUCCCUGUCGGUUGGACUGCUGUGAAGGCCUCAUUGAAUGUUAUCUGGCAUCCAACAGUGUGCGGGAAGCUAUGGUCAUGGCCAACAAUGUGUACAAAACCUUGGGAGCAAAUGCCCAGACACUGACCCUGCUGGCAACAGUAUGUUUGGAAGAUCCGGUAACUCAGGAAAAGGCCAAAACCCUCCUGGACAAAGCUCUCUUACAAAGGCCGGAUUAUAUCAAGGCUGUGGUGAAAAAAGCAGAGCUGCUUAGUCGAGAACAGAAGUAUGAAGAAGGCAUAGCCCUGCUGAGAAGCACCCUUGCAAAUCAAAGUGACUGUGUCUUGCAUCGGAUGUUGGGUGACUUUCUUGUGGCUGUGAACGAAUUUCAGGAGGCCAUGGAUCAGUACAGCAUCGCUCUGAGUUUGGAUCCAAAUGACCAAAAAUCCCUGGAAGGUAUGCAGAAGAUGGAGAAAGAGGAAAGCCCAACAGAUGCUACACAAGAAGAAGAUGUGGAUGACAUGGAGGGAAGUGGAGAAGAAGGAGACUUGGAGGGCAGUGAUAGUGAAGCAGCCCAGUGGGCAGAUCAGGAGCAGUGGUUUGGGAUGCAGUGA